AUGGAAAAGUCAUUCUCGGACGCGACACUGGUGAGUAAGUACGUUUGGCAACACGAAUUGCAGGUUCUUGUCAAUCAACUUGGCAUAGCUGCGGGUCAACUUGAUGAAAAUAUAAUGCUUUUACGAUCCGAUCAACUUUACAGCAACGGACGCAAGGUUCAACUGAAUAGUGGUUGCAUUCAAAGCAACAAGCUCGCAUCGACCCUUCUAUUUCACAUUGCCGCGACGGCAAAAAUGCCGAGAAAAGCUGACAAGUCCUUGUUUGUACGUUACCUCGACCCGGCAUCCAUCCCCGAAACGACAAAGACGCAGAGCGGAGGGAUGUGGAAAAGUCAUCUGGGUGAACUCGCCUUUGCGGUUUUGGAAUCCGAUGUCUCGCCCAAAGAUUCUUGGCUGCUUCGCGAAGUGGUGCGUGUGGUGGCGCUUCGCUGCCGCAACCUACUUCUGGGGGAAAAUAUUCUCUCCGUGGAGGGAACUUUGCAUUGGGUUGAGCACGUUCAGACCAGCCCACGCCUCGGGACCGCACUCGCCUUCACCGUUGUGAUUGCCUGGAGAAGCAUUGCGUCUGUCGGAGUCGCCUACGCGUCGAAGCGGGUCAAGCAUCCUCAUGUGUCCUCUCUGGCCGAGACCAAUUCUCCACAUAAUCAUCUGGCAGCGGCUCGAGACUUUGGCUGCACUGAUGAAAUCCUUUUUUUUCGCGUCUUAUGUUCUCCUUCCAAGUCAAACCUCCUGUCGAACUUUUUAGGCAACUCCACAUGUAAUCUUGUAAAUAAAGAUACCACAGAUGAUGUGGAGGCUUUUCUUGAUCCUGAAUUGCUCAAGGAAUUUGCGCUCGUUAUUUUGAAAAGUCAUUGCCAGGACCUGCCGCUGGACAUAUGGAAUGAUUUUUUGAGUACUGCCCAAUUUACAACUCAUCUUUUAGCUGAGAUUAAAAGUCAACAAACUAAAUCUCAGGGAAAUUUCUCAAAUCUUCUGACAACGCUUACACAAGAAGCUAUUGUACUUCGUAGCCUGUUGUUAUUUUCAACAGGUCAAAAUUGUGUUUGGGCGCUGACGUUUCUUUCUACGAGUCUUCCGCAUACGGUGGAUAAUCUCAAUACGUGGAGUGUAGAGAACGUUCCCGAAGAUGUUUGUCUUGAUGUACACAACAUCUUUGAUAGUUUGAAAGCUUUAGUUGAUGAAAGCGAGGUAAAAAAUAAUGAAUAUAUUUUGUUUUCGGCACUUGUUCUGUCUGAUAGGUAUGUAUUGUGGUUGUUGCAGCCAUAUAUAACUAUGUGGUCCUGCUACUGCACUUUGACUGAACGAAAAAAUUGA